AUGCUGCGAUUCCUCACUUCCCAGCUUCAACAUUUGCAAAUCAGGUGCUUUAUAUUCGCAUGUGCCAUAAUAAUAAUAAUAAUAAUAAUAAUAAUAAUAAUAAUGUAUUAUUUAUACCCCUCCCAUCUGGCUGGGCUUCCCCAGCCACUCUGGGCGGCUUCCAACAAAAUAUUAAAAUACAGUAAUGCAUCAAACAUUAAACGCUUCCCUAAACAGAAUCUUUUGUCUGGUAAAGACUGGGUGGGCGCUGGGCUUCCAGCAACCAGGAAACUAAGAAGACGAGAAGCCAGAAGACCACCACUCCUACCGCUGUGUUGGCUGGAGUGGUGGUCUUCUGGCUUCUCGUCUUGUGUGGAAGGCGUGGGGGGGCAGCAUUCUGCCAGGUCCACGUGGCCUCUGCUCACUGAGAGAGACAGGUGAGAUGUGGUGCAUAAAGGAGUCCCUUGGCCGCCCAGCUGCUACUCAUCAGCUCUGCUGAGACAGCCACAUCGCUUGCUCUUUGUCUCCUCUGAGGAUUGUACUCUGGUCGUCCGUGUGGUUUUGGUAAGAAAGCAGCUUACCUCCUGUUGCUUGGAAACUUCAGUAUGUGGUUCACAUGAGGCACUUCAAGCAGGGAGACGAGGUCAUGUCGCCCAGUCAUUCAUCCUGGUUGCUUCUAGUGGUACCGUAUUUUUCGCUCUAUAAGACACACCAGACCACAAGACGCACCUAGUUUUUGGAGGAGGAAAACAAGAAAAAAAAUAUUCUGAAUCUCAGAAGCCAGAACAGCAAGAGGGAUCGCUGCGCAGUGAAAGCAGCAAUCCCUCUUGCUGUUCUGGCUUCUGGGAUAGCUGCGCAGCCUGCAUUCACGCCAUAAGAUGCACACAAAUUUCCCCUUACUUUUUAGGAGGGAAAAAGUGAGUCUUAUAGAGCAAAAAAUACAGUAUUUUAAAAAGAGAUUCAGCAGCUGGAUCCUAGCACAGUGGUACCUCUGGUUAUGAACGUAAUUCAUUCCGGAGGUCCGUUCUUAACCUGAAACUGUUCUUAACCAGAGGUACCACUUUAGGUAAUGGGGCCUGCUGCUGCUGCUGCUGUGCCGCCAGCGCCCAAUUUCUGUUCUCAUCCUGAAACAAAGUUCUUAACCCAAGGUACUACUUCUGGGUUAGCGGAGUCUGUAACCCGAAGUGUUUGUAACCCGAGGUUACUGUACUUGUCUCCCAAUUGCUAGGUCACUGGGCCCCCUUUUGUCUGGAGGAAUCCAAUGUAGGGCUAAGUUAAAGUUGCUUCUCCUCCUCCUCACUCCUCUGGUGAAAAGUUUUGCGCCAGUGGAACAUUGUUGCACAACAGAAUGCAGAAGCAGGUUGCUAUUAAUGUUGCUGCACAACAGAUUUAGCCCUUGUGCCACGAGUUCUAUUAGCAUAACUGUUGAGCUGGAUAGCUCUUGCAUUGGAGUCCUUCUGCUUGUAGACCCAGAGCACUGGAUUCAGCCUAUAGUAACUAACAAAUAUCAGCCAUACCUUACAUUUAGCUAGCUAGCAUUUUCUGUGUCUGUGUUUCUGCUUUUUAAAUAACUUGAUUAAGUGCACCUUUUGCCAUGAAAGCAAUCACACCCUCUGCCUCCUAAGCUUUAAGACACCACUAGUACCAUGCUACUAGACAGUUCCAUGGUACUGAAGGAGGUGGCUUAUCUUCAGGCUGACAAUGCCUGGUAACAGAAUUAGACCCUUGAAACCCAAAUGUGUGGGAGAAAUAUGAGAGUAAACAGGCUGUGAAACCUUUCUAGUAGCGUAAAAACAUGUAUGUGCUUUUGCAGCUUACUGGAAGCUAGUAUUUAGGAAAUUCCUAAAAAAAAUAUUCUUGUUUGUGGUCUGCUGACCUUCCCUUCUUUAUCACCCAUUGCUAAGAAUGAACCACACAUUUUAGUAUGAUAAACAAAAGGGUUUACUUACAUUUAAGUGCAGGCAGCAAAUACAUCAGAGUAGUAGUAUGCAGGUAAAAUUACUUCUUAGUUAUAAAAUACAAAAGGCGUUUCCAAAAUGGAGUCUGGGCUCUGAGCAGAGCCCAGGCAUGUGUGUCUGCUCCCAUUGCUGGCUUGAAAGAAGAGAGAAAGAGCUCAGACAGGGAGGAAGUACAUAAGAUUAUCUCCUUUGUUAGAAAUUCCCACCAAAGCACUAAGGAAGUGACCUCAUACAGUCCCUUCUAUAUUGAUUCAGGAACUCUGAGCAUCAGCCCCUCAUCUGCCUGUCUGGCAAUCGUGCAUUUGUGAUUUUGACUGGAAAUCCCACACUUUUCAGCAUGGCUGGUGUUCAAGUCCUACUGCAAGGGAAGGUCACAGCUGAUUCAAGUGGGGCAUGACGGGCACUGCUGGUCAGAUGGUUGGCGCUGUGGACUUUAAGCCCUGCUUUUGGCAGGAGUCAGUUUCCCUUGGCAGCACCAGUUAAGACUGAAACCUAGUCCUAGUGGGGCUUGCUUUUGGUACCAAGUAUAAAAGGUGCUGAGGACAAGCCCCACUUGUCAGGGACCCACUGAGGAGCUUGUCUUUACUUGCUUCACACAAGAUAUCAUAAAUGAUUUCAUGUGUAUGCAUGACUUGGGGGAAAUGGCCUAAUGGACCAAAUUAAUGAUGGGACUCAUUUUGCUGGGCGUUUCCCAUCACUGCUCUAAGGCUUGCAUGGUUAGGAGAAAGAAUGAGCUCAACCUUGUUGGUCACUGGACAGUUGUCUGCACUCAUUGCUACAUGUGUCAAAUGUGGAUACCCUCCCCCCCCAUUUGUUCCAGCCUCAUAAAGCUCCCAUUUCUGCCCCUGACCAUUUCCCCUCCUCCUCCUCAAUGGGGGAAAGUGUCAGCAGUGCUAAUCUCCUUCUGGCAUCCCUUGGCUUUUGGAGUCUUCAAGCUUCACCUUUGACAUAUCCUUCUAUGCAAAGGGAAACAACCUCUAUCUACUGACCACAGCAAGCUGUCGCUAUCCCAAGCACAGCAAAGAAGUCUUUUAUCAGCUGUGAAUAAAUAGCCCUUGCAAAACCCAGAGGCUGGAAAGGCCCGCAGAUUUCAGAGAGUUGCACAAUACCCAGGCUUCACUUCCAUUGAACUGGCUUGCCUUGCCCUCCACUACCCCUUUGUCUUUGCACUGUUUGACCUGCCUUCACACACACACACACACACACACACACGCACACGCACACACAAAGAGAGAGAGAUUCUGUUUCCCCUGUGCUGUGGCUGUAAUGAUAAUGAAUAAUAAUAACCUGGAUGUUUUGUUUCCUUGCUGUUCUUUGAAACCCGCCAUCAAUAGAAAUUCACAUAGCAGCAUUGAUCAGUUUCAAGCGGAGGAACUGCAGGCUCUGGCUGGUCACUCCACUUGGGUUUGGCAGCAGAGAAAUUCAAAGCUUCUGCAUUCAAGCUUAAUCAGGUUCUGCUUAAAGCUGAUAAUCAGAGACCCUCAAACAAGGUAAGGACAUUCUAUUAAAUGCAUUGUAUUUCGCUACCAAAAUAGAAAUUGGUCCAAGCAACCAAGUGAGAAGUUUGUGCUCUUGGAUCAGUCCCAUAAGAGACAACAUCAAGACUAAAAUAUUACAAAGGCACCAUUUCUUCCCUCACCAUUGGGCAGUAGUCAAGAAUACUGCUAAUGAGCUUCAGCCUUGAACAUUUACCAAAACAAUUUUCAUCAGCAUGGAUCACAGCUCCUUGCCUCCUUAACAUGGAGGGUGAGAGAACAAAUGGGUAUCUCCAAGAACAGGUACCAUGGCCUGGGCACCAUGGGACCAGGACAAGAGACACAAAAGGACACAAUUCCAGCAGCUGUAUCCUUUCGCCAGUUUGGCCAGGGAAAGUCAAUUGCUGAAGCUGUCAAUUACCACCAGCCUCUUGCCUGGAGGGGAUGGACCUACUACCCCCACCCACAGGAGGCUUUGUGUACAAACAAACAAACAAACAAACAAACAAACACAUACACAACAGUUGGAGAGUGAAGGAGUUAGUUUGGGGGAGGGGAGCACAAUUUGUUUUCUCAGUGAAAGCAAUUGUUUGGGAAAAACUAACCUGUAGAGAAACUUACUUGAAAUGCAAAUUGUAUGAAAAAUCCACUUUUAAAAUAACAUUGACUGCAAGAAUCUCUUAAGGGUCUUUGCAGAUGUUCUGCAUGUGCUCACGAUGGUGCCUGCUUUCCUACAUGUGUGUGUGAUUUAUUAUUUAUUGAUCAGGUUUUAUAGCUACAGAGCUCCACAAUAUACUCUUGUGGAUGUUUCCAUCUCUUCCUGAGGAAGAAUCAGCUCAGCUUUGGCUACGGGAAAGCCCACCUCACCAACAUUUCACAAUUAUUGUUAAGCGUAUCAGCAAACAUUUAGAUAGGGAAUGUUGAUGAUCUCGUACCUGUCCUAUACCUUACGGAAGGGUGGGUUACAAUAAUGUAAAAAUGCAAUAUUAAAAUGUUGAAACAAUUCAUAAUCAGAAGAAUACGUUGAGUUCUAAAAUAUCUCUCUCAGAUGUCAAAGGACAGAGAAGUGUGUCUUCAGCAAAUGACAAAAACUAUACAAUGGAAGUGCAAGGUGUACAUCUGUGAGGAGGUAAUUCCAUAGCAAAUGCCCUCUCCUGAGUGUCCCCCCCUCAAAAAAAAAAACCCACCAAGGGCGAUGGAAUUACCAUAAGGCCCCCUCUGCUGAUUUUUACACCUGAGGUGGUGUAUAGAAAAGGAGCUGAUCUAUAUUUGUGGUUUUAGGUGCUUAGGACUUUAAACACUAAUGUGAGCAAUUUGAAUUGGCCCCCAAAUCAAAAGGAACCCCAGCCUGGCUCCUGCAUUGUUAGACCAGCUGGCAUUUCUAAGUUGUUCAAGGGCUGUUCCGAGUUGAGUGUAUUGCAAUAAUCCAGUCUGAAAGUUACCAGAUCAUAGAGCACGGUGACCCAGUCACUUUCAUUCAAAAGGUGCCAAUUGAGUUCUCCACUUAAAAUGUUGGGUCCAGGAGUAACCCAAACAACAGACCUGCUUCUUCCAGGCAAGUACAACCCCACGCAGAGCAGGCAUCUCCCCACCUCUUGGAACCAAGAACUCAGGAAGCAGAACAUCUUCGUCUUAUCAGGCUUCAACUUCAGCUUAUUGGCCCAUAUCCAGCCCAUCACUGCUUCCAAGCACACGUCUAUCACCUGAGCCACCGGUGAAAGUGAGGGUGGGGUGCUGGUGGUCAUCUGUGGUGCCUCAUUCCAAAUUUCCUGAUGACAAUAGAUGUUUAACUAGCAUGAGGGACAAGAUGGAAUCCUGUUGGACACAACAGGACAACUCCCAUGGUGCCAGGCAAUAGCCCCCUAGUCACUACUUUCUGGAAACACCCCCCCCCAAAUAGAAAUAUAACCACUGCCCCAACCCCCCAACCCCACCUCCUGGAGCCACUCUAGAAGGAUAUUGUGGUAAAUGACAUAAAAAGCUGCUGAGAGGUCAAGGAGAACAAGCAGACACAAACACACACUACUGACACAGAUCAUCAGCCAGGAGGACCAAGGCAAUUUCAAAAUGAAACUGAAAUGAGUCCGGAUAAUUAGCUUCCUCCAAGCUUAACUGCAGGUGGGUCACCCCACACUCUUGAGCACCUUGCCCCCAAAGGGGAUAUUCACCACCAGGAGAUCAUUGUCAAAUGCUCUGAACUCUAAUGAGGUCCCCCCCCCCCACUCUCUCUCUCUCUCUGAUGAGGAAGAGGACGCUGCCCAAUUGUUUAUUUAUACAUGUUAAUUAAUUUUACCAUAUGCAGCUCUAAAUUUGCGGACAUUCAGAAGACAAAUAUUUAAAAAUACUUAAAAGCCAGGACAGAAUGCAAUAAAGGUACACACAUAAAUGUAGAAGUAAUACCUAAUUGUUCUGCUUAGUUUAAUGCGGGAUCACAUCUUAAUGUGAAAUAUGCAGUCUGACAGAAGCACAGGGCAGAGCGGGGGGGCGGGGGGAAUCUGCCCCAGGAUAAGAAUGAAUUAAUCUCAAGGGGUGAUAUUCAGCCCAUGGAGUUCUGAAAAUUUAGCCACAUCCUAACAGCUAAUACACUCUUUCUUUCUUUCUUUCUUUCUUUCUUUCUUUCUUUCUUUCUUUCUUUCUUUCUUUCUUUUAUGCCUUCUUCUCACCUAUCCCUGAUGGAAGUGUUUCCCCCUUUUAUUUAUUUGUUAUUAUUAUUAAAUUAAUAAACAUACAUAAAUGUGCACCCCACCACCAAGACUGUUCCAUUAUAACUCUCCAACCUCCCAAAACGUUGACACCUCUUGCGCUGGUUUAACCCUUUCCGUUUUAACAGUACAAAUUUUACAAACACCCUCCAUAUUUCUUCAGAAUCAUUUCUCCUACAUAUUCCCCCUUCUUACCUCAAUGGCACAUGUUAAUUUAUCAUUAAUCGCUAUAUCCCAAACAAACUUCUUUGUAGCAUUCUUCCAUUUUACAUUCUGCUUGCCCCUUCCACUUCCUAGCUAUUAUAAUUCGUGCAGCUGUCAAUAAUAACAAUGAGGUUCUCUUAAGAAGGGGAGGCACCACUAGCUCCUUCAAGGUGGAUGGUACCUCCCCGUCCCAUUUUGGUGAGCUCUGGUGAACUAAGAUGGACAAGGAUACAGAGGGCAGGUGGUUGGCUGUCGAACAAGGAGUGAGUCUUCAUCCUCAGGCUGCAAUAACUGAAACUGAUCCUGUACAGAUGGAACAGGUAAUGCUCUGGAUAUCUCUGUAUGACUUACUUUAACUGUGGCAUCCAUUUCUGCCUGAAUCUGAACAACCUUUUCCCUAAAGCAGGCCUGUCCAAAGUCUGCUUUGGGGGCCUAAUCCGGCCCACCAGUCAGUUUAAUCCAGCCCCUGUGGCAGUUUAUUUCCUGGGAUAAAAUCAUAAAAAAAACCUCAACAGCUUCAAUCCUAAGAAAAAGGUCAACAACCUUGAUUGGCCCUUUGGUCAGCCCUCACGGCCUUUCACUUCAUCAGAUCUGGCCCUCUUUGAAGAAAGUUUGGACACCAGUGCCCUAAAGUGCUCUGCAAAAUUGUCAUAGCAAGCUUCAGUAGGGGGCCAGAGCAAUGCUUUCCCAAUCAGAUGGCAAAAUCCCAUUCUUCACUUGAAACAGCUCUGCCUGAUACAAUGGUGGUGAAAAAGUAAGCUUUCUUCACCACCACCAACAUAGUUAUGAGCUAUAAUGUGCUCUCAUCCAUGUUCGGUCAGCUUCAGAUGGGCAUUUAUGUGGGAGACUGCAGUCAAACUAAACAAAUGCAUACCCUUGCAAGAUAGUAAGUUUAAGGGCAAACAACCAGAGCAGCUUGAUAGGCAGACUUAGACCACAGGAAUGUAACGGAUGGAGAGAGAGCUCUGCGUGAUGUCAUUUCCCGUUUCUAGUAAUGGGAGAUAUAAACCCUUUUCCUGUUGUUUUCUCUCUGUGUGUCUUCUUUUCACCAUGAUUCUGACGCUGACUGGACAUGUUCCUGGGAUCCAGGCACAAAGACGGACUUUAGAAACUAACCUCUGUAUUUUUGUAAUUAAGAAUGCUGUACCUGCAUAUUUUUUUACUGCUGCCUUUGCUGUGAACCAAUGCAAGAACAUUAAGUAAGAAAACACUAUUUUUAAGAUUUACUUCGUAAGUUGUUGCCUGAUUCUUUGUUAUGCAAGGUAAAAAAAAGGAAAGCUAACUUAUUUCAUAACCUGCAAUUGCUCAGAAUAAAAGGAGGCUUUGUGGCUUAUUUUCCUAAGAUUUCAUGCUGUCAAGGAUGGAUUUUUAAAACUCCGUUUAAACCCACACACCUGGGAGACUGAAGGGAAAUUUUAAUUAAUAUAUCCACUCCACAACUUACACCACCUAUUUUGCAGCCAUUGGCCCCCCUGUUUCAUCAGAUACAGGUCACUCCAAUGUUCUCUGCAUGCUCCACUGCAACAGGGAUGGCACUCAGGAGCAACUGAAUCAAUGGUCCUAUGCAUCUCACCAUUCCAUAGUGAGACAAGUCUCAACAGAAAUGCCAGCCACGUCAACUGGAAAAUCCCCAAAGAAAUCAGGAAUCCAUCAGAUGCCGUAAGUCUCUGUGGUACAGUGCAUGGAGAGCGGUCCCCUUGAAACAUUCAAUCCAAAUGUCACCAGGGAGUGAUCCAUCCAUGACAACAGACAAUAGUAGCCAUUCAAUAUUUGGAUUUUGCAAAUGGUUUUGAGGAAGCCUCUCACCAACUGCUCCUAAGAGAAACCACAAGAUUCUCUUAUGGACCAGUAACUGCUUAAAUUGUACAAUGUAGCAGCAAAAAUUAAACCAACUGUUUUCCUAACAGAAGGGAGUGUGGUAUUCAACUCAUGCAUACAUGA